UACAGCGACAACAGUUUCCAGAGAGAAACAAUUCAUCAUAGUAUUAUUUUUGUUAUGUAACAUAACUGUUAUUGAAUCUCUUUGCCACAAAUACAUUUUGUUUUCUGUGAAAUUAAAUAAACUUUAAUUUUUUUAUUGAUGUACGAUGGGUGGAUUAAUUUGAUCGGUCCCUUGUAGGGUGCUCUCAGUCAGCAGCACCCAGUACUUAAGUUUCAACUUGUUUGCAUAUUUACGAAGCUGGCUGACUGGCUUAAGUGUGCAUUUCAGCUUGUUGCAGAGAAGCAAAGCGCCGCAAUCGCUGUGAGUAUCUCGUCGGGUUCGGGCUCUUGGCUGGGUAAGGUGCAUGUCGCUUUACGCAGACUACGCAUGAUACUAAAAUAGAACGAACACAAACAUACACACCAAUUAGAAAAUAAUUAAGUGUGCUCUAUACAAAACUGUGGAUACGUGGUAAAUAAAACAAAGGAGGAGGAGCAAGCGUUAAAUUUUUGUGUAAAAUACAACUUCAUGUUAAAAAUUGAAAAAAGGUGUAAAAGUAAGAAAAAUAUCGGCAGAGUUUUAACUUGCAUACAAGAGAAGUGAAAUUUUCGGAGUAAAUAAUGUUUUGUUUUUAAAAACUUUCACCACCUGUUGGUAGCCAUUUGUUACGUUUGUGGCUGUAGCAGUUCACCUAAGGGCGUUUAUUGUUUAAUUUAUUAUCAGUAAAAACUCAAAUUAAACGAGUACAGUUAUGCUGCAGUUUCUGGUGCUAUGUACUUUACUGCUCCCCCACGUCUGCCACUCUCAAGUCCCGGAAUCUCCAUGCGGGCCGCGUUUCAGCUACGUACACGAGGGCAAUAACUACUUCGGUGAAAUCAAAUUGGAUCGCUUGGAAAGAGGACGCACCGAGAUUAAAGUGGCAUUCUCUCAACACGACUCAUUAACUUCUAACUACUACGGCCGUAUUACACCAUAUCCGGAUGGACCACUGCAAGUAAACCGAGUGCCGGCCUUUUUUCGUGUACAUUUUCCGAAUCCGAGUAAACCACCCAAAUUAACUAAACUUAGCAUCAAUGGCAACGUUCUCUGUUCUGGUUCAAGAUAUUCGGCGCCAAGCAGUUGGUUCGAGCUUACAUACACCGUAAAUGCCCACGGUUUAAAUCCACAUCCGCAAACAACAGUGGAAGCACCGACCUACGCAACGGCACCGCCACCUGCACCUACCCGACCGAAGCCAACUUACACCACCAGCUACACUUCGACGCCAAAACAAAGACCACCGUCUACACACGCACCGAGCGCCGCACCACCACCCACGAAAUUCUCCAAUAUUUUUCUCACCGAGCGUUUUCAGCAAAACACCACUGUUACCUGCGGCACCGAAGGCAAUCUCAUCCGUCCGUUUCUACAUGGCGGGAAAGAGUUGGUACGUGGACAAUUUCCUUGGAUGGCAGCGGUCUAUCGGAAGGAGACGGUGCAUAGCUUAUCCUACAUUUGUGGCGGCACAUUGUUGUCGCAACGAAGUGUUGUCUCAGCAGCACAUUGCUUUCAAAACCUGCCCGCCACCCAGGUGGCACUGUUUCUCGGACGCACAAAUUUGGAGAGUUUCAGUGAGGAUGGAUUUGUCACGCGUGAUGUUGAACGUUUGAUUAUACAUCCGGAUUAUAAUAAUCUGCCAGACGCGGAUAUUGCCGUGAUGCGUAUGGCGGCUAUAAGCAGUUACACCGAUUUCAUUCGCCCAAUUUGUCUGUGGACAGAGUCAACACAAGUCUCACGCGUCGUUGGCCUCUCGGGCACUGUAGCUGGUUGGGGCUCCAAUGAGAAUGGUCAACUCGUCUCACCGAUCGCCAAGAGAGCACAAGUAAAAAUCAAAAAUCGUGUUCGGGAUUCGCCGUUAGUGUGUGCUCAUAACCUAGAGGGGACCGUCGUUGGUAAUCGUCUGUUUAUUAGCGCAGAUGAGCCGCUCAGUAUGUACGCUACAAAUUUACACUCGCUCAUCUUCAUGUGCAGUAUUUCGACGCUGUUACGCUCUGCGCUCGCGCAGAUGGCGCUCCCGCCAAUCGCGUGUCCCCAGUACUUUCAAUAUGUGAGCGACGGCUACACUUACUAUGGUUUGAUCACAUUGCCACAAGUACCAGUGGGCAGGGCAGAUGUGCGUGCGCAUUUCUCUCAACGUGGUCUACCCACGUCGAAUUACUACGGCCGUUUAUCGCUCUUUGAAGAUCAGCAGACAACAUUAAAUAACUUGGCACGUGGUCUUCCUAUUUCUUAUCGUGUGGCUUUCCCACUUUUUAAUGUAUUGCCAAAGUUGACGCGUAUCGCUAUCAAUGGCGUCACUGUUUGCACGGCCUCUGAGUAUCCCCCUCCAAGUACUGCUUUGGAUCUUCAGCAUACGUUGCAAACAGCAACUGUGCGUGGUACAAAUCCACUAAACAGUAAUUUUGGACCCGUUUUUUCCACCGAAACAAAUACAAUACCCAGUUUGACUAUUAAUCACUUUGGGCAGCAACGUCAAUUUGUUAGUCAGCAGCCUCAAGUCACAAGGCCAAGGCCUGUGCCUAAUAACCCAUUUUUACAGCCAACAACAUCGAGAACUCCAGAUGCUGCUGAUAACUUGCGCUGUGGUGUGGAGGGUAAUGCGGCGACGCCAUUCAUUCACGGUGGCAUACAGAUUUCGCGUGGCCAAUUCCCCUGGUUGACCGCCAUCUAUCGGAAACAGUCGUCCGGCUUGAGAUUCUUAUGUGGCGGCUCUCUAGUCUCUUCGAGCACAGUCAUCACUGCGGCACAUUGUUUUAAACUAAAAUCUAUCGGCGCCUCUCAGGUCGUGGUAUAUUUAGGCCGUCACAACUUGGAAAAUUAUGGUGAGGUUGGAGCUGUAUCGAGAGAUAUACGCAAUUUGAUAAUUCAUCCCGACUAUGAUGGAAAGUCGCUGCCAGAUGCAGAUAUCGCAAUACUACACAUGCAGUCAAGUGUUGAUUUUAGUCAGUUUAUUCGGCCUAUUUGCUUAUGGAGUGAAGCGGUGGACAGUGCAUUGAUUGUUGGUCAAACAGCAUUCGUUGCCGGCUGGGGAGCGGAUGAUAGUGGUCAUGAAGUGACCGCGUUGCCUAAAAUGGUUGAUGCAGCAAUCGUCAGCGACAACGAAUGUCUACGUUCUUCGGAGGUCUAUAGUAAAUUGACAACGCCACGCACCAUUUGCGCUGGUAAUCGUGAUGGUACUGGCCCUUGUAUGGGCGAUUCUGGUGGCGGCUUGAUGUUAAGUCGUAACGGUGCUUGGACGUUACGUGGCGUCGUAUCGGCCGGUCUUACUAGUCAAGGUCAAUGCGAUCUCAGUCAAUAUGUAAUAUACUGUGAUCUGGCGAAGCAUUUUUCAUGGGUGCGAAGCAAUGUUUUGUGACAGCGGGAUUUGGUUAGCCAAACACAUGCGCAACUGCAUCGUAGACUGUGAAUAUUUACAAGCCUACUUAACUUAUUUAUUAAAAUGUCUCCAUAACUGAUCGAAUUGAGAUUAUAAUGAUGAUAAUGUUACCAGUUUAGGGAUUACAAGAAAGGUUUAUUGACUGACUUACACGUAAGGGUAUCUUCAAAGCUCUUCAAAUUUCUGCAUCUCAUAUUCUUCUUUUAUCUUUACUGUAAAAUUCUGUUAUACAACAAAAGUCAAAAUAUAGUAUAAACGACAUUAUGUUCUGAAAUAUUUAAAAUA